AGAUCACUGAUCAUUGAAAUGGCCAAAAAUGAAUCAACGACCUACUUCUCUGUCUGUAUCAAGAGAAAGACGAAACUAAAUCUAAAUAGAAAAGAAAGAGGAGAAGCAUCAGUGAUCUAGUACCUAAGUCAUGUCUUUUUUCUUCAAACCUUCAAGACCUAAAACUCCAACAGAGCUUGUCAAAGCAAUCAAAGAUAGUCUCGUCGCUCUGGACACCAAAACUGUUGUUGAAGUUAAAGCCCUUGAAAAGGCCUUAGAAGAAGUUGAGAAGAACGUUGUUGCUGUGAAACAAGCUCUUUCUGGAGAUGGGGAGGUUGAACCAAAUCCAGAUAACGUGUCACAAAUAGCGGUUGAGAUUUGUAAAGAGGAUGUUCUUGGCCUUUUCAUUCACAAAUUAUCUAUAUUGGGUUGGGAAGCAAGAAAAGAUUUAGCGCAUUGCUGGUGCAUUUUGCUUAGGCAAAUGGUUGGAUCUAGUUAUUGCUGUGUGGAAUAUAUUGAGAAUCAUUUGGAGCUACUAGAUUUCCUUGUGGUUUGCUACGAUAACAAAGACAUAGCUUUGAAUUGUGGGAGUAUGCUGCGGGAGUGCAUCAAAUUCCCAACUCUUGCAAAAUAUAUAUUGGAAUCAACAAGCUUUGAGUUGUUCUUCAAGUACGUGGAGCUGCCUAACUUUGAUGUUGCAUCUGAUGCUUUUGCUACCUUUAAGGAAUUGCUAACUAAACAUGAAACUGCUGUCUCUGAAUAUUUGACUGCCCAUUACGAAGAGUUCUUCGAGCUAUAUGAAAAACUCUUGACAUCCCCAAAUUAUGUAACAAGACGACAAUCUUUGAAGGACUCCAGCAAAAACAUCCAGCUUUCUGCUUUCCACAUCUUUAAGGUCUUUGUUGCUAAUCCCAACAAGCCACGCGAUAUAAUUGUUAUUUUGGCAAAAAACCAUGAAAGAUUGCUAGCACUGCUUCAUAAUCUAUCCGUUGGUAAAGGCAACGAAGACGAACAGUUUGAAGAGGAAAAGGAGCUUAUUAUUAAGGAAAUUGAAAGAAUAUCUCGCAUGCCAAAUAUCGUGUGAUGCCUCUAUUAAGUGAUCUACGGUAAACAGAGGUUUUGCGUUUAGAUCCUAUAACUGUGCCAACUAAGAAGCUAAAGGCUGGCAUUGAUACAGGUUACUAAAAGACAGUGACAACCAUGUGCUUAUUCUAUGCAACUGCAGUUGAUCUUGCAUGACUAUAAAACUACCAUGUUAUGCAAUUCAGGUGUUUAAAACCAUGGGUUGAAGUCUGAGUUUUAGGGUUCUGUUGGUUAUGUAAUGUAUGAAACACAUUUUAGCAUCUCUGGCCAUCCAACUUUAUUGUGCUUGUUUUGUAACCCUUGACGUGCACUGAAUUUGUUUUCUGCUAGACGAAUGAUAAAUACCAUAUGCUUUUCUAAUUGUGUACA